GAGCUGGCAAGUCUGCAGAGGCAGGGGGACGUCGCCCAGCUGGUGGAGGGCCGGGUGCAGGCGGAGUCCCGCGAGGCCGUGCUGCGCAGGCAGAGCGAGGUGCUCGCCGCGCAGGUGCACCGCAAGGACCAGGAGCUCGAGAGGCUCCGGAAGCAGGUCUGCGAGAGCACUGCGGAGAGCCGCCCAGCGCCUCCGCGCUCGGGCAGGUCUCGGUGCAGUGCAAGGCGCCGUGCUGCGCGCCCCUGCUGCGGAUGGCCAAGGCCGGCCUGAACGGCGAGCCGCUCAGGGAGCUGGACGCGCUGUGGGCGGGGCGGGUGUUCGCCCUGCUGGGCGAGGAGACCAGAUCAAGUCCUCCAGGCAAGCCUUGCUGGACGUGUUCAAGAGGCACAGGGGCCCUGGCGCGACGCACCUCCAGGAGUCGUCUUUCCGGGAGCUCGUCCGCGAGUUCCUCCCCAAGCUGUCGGACGAUCACGUCACGCGCCUCCUCCACUUCGCAGACCGGGGAGGGGCGGGCCGCCUGACCUUCCAGGAGUUUCUGCAGGACGCCGUGGGGCACGACGUGCAGGGCCGCAUGGGGGAGGAGUACUUCGACCACGUGAUGGUCCGCAUGGAGGCGGCCGUCGCCAGGCAGGGGGGCCUGCCGGCCGUGUUCCAGCUGAACGACUGGUACCUGCACGGGACGGUGCCGCGCGCGAGGGUGCUCCAGAUCCUGCCGAGCGCGGUGGGGCUCACCCGCAGGGAGGCGUUCGAUAUCGCGACCCGCUUCGAGACGAAGCUCAGCGGGGAGGUGGACCUCCGGGAGCUCAACACCGCCAUGCAGGCGUGCGCCUCCGCCCGGCUCGUGUCCGAGGAGAGUGGGUGCACAAGCUGUUCGACGAGGUCACCCUGUCGCUCCACAGGCAGGGUAAGAGUAUCCGGGAGGGCAUGCACGCGGCCGCCGCAAAGAGAAAGAUGGACAGGGAGUUCUUCCGGGGGUUCCUGA